GCAGUGCGUUGCAUAAGCGGCCCCGUGGCCUGAAGUCGAGUAGCGCUGCGUGUCACCCCAGGGCCCAGCGGGGAAACGGGGGCAGCGGGGCCCGAGGAGGAGGAGGAGGAGGAGGAGGGAGGUGACCACCGCGGCUCCGGAGCCGGGAGCUGUUGGAACUGCCAUGAAAAUAAACAGGAGGCAUUACUUUCGGAGCAGCCAACGCGCUCGUGAAAACGUAGAAACGUGAUUGGGUGGGGGAUCUCAACCACGAUGCAGCGACCCAACCUGGACUGAACGGAGGAGCACCCGAUUAUUGCUAAUUAGCAUCAUUACUGUUCAGCCCAAUCUGAAGGGAGCAGUUGGGGCAGUGCUCAAAGUGAUAGCAACGCCCAUUGGUCAACUUUGGUUGAUCGCCUUAUUCAUCAAAACUUGACGUUAUUUAAUUAAUAGACCCGGGCUUGUGGUACGUCACCAAAAGGGAUGGGUGGACGCGUUCAGGUGUGGAGGACACUCAUGUGGUGCGCGGUUCAUCCCUUCAAAAAGCUCCCAGAAAGGAGAACGCAGUCCACAAUACGUCUUUAACUCCUGGUGAUCCCUAUGGGGUGUUCUAUGGUCAUUAGUGAUGUGUGUUUGAUUGGUGUUUUUACUCUUCUGGCCAUGAGAGGGCAACGUAUGAGCAAUAAUCACUGCACAAACACACGGAUUUGCCAACUCAUCCCACCAUACCCACUGCCCACAUCCCUCAGUGCCACAUCCCCACCUUCCUCGACCCCUCCGGGGGUGGUGGUCCCACUGGGCAGCCCACACCAGUGCCUGACUGCUCUUACAGAGAAGGAAUUCCUCCUCAUAUCCCACCCAAACCUGAAGAUGGGCUCACGGUGCUCAGAACAGCCCCUGCAGACUCCCUGCUGUGCGCACUACACGUGAUUCUCUGCCCCACCUGCCAGCUGGGUGCUCCCCAGCCAUUGGCACUCUGCUUUUCCUGCUCUCCCGUGGCGUGCAGUCGGUGCUGGGCUCCUUCCUGGUGCGCUCCGGGAGCUCCUCAGUGCCCCUCAGGGCAGAAUGCGGCACCGCACCAUCCACCUCUUCCGGAAGGGCCUCCGGCUGCACGACAACCCAGCACUGCUGGCUGCACUGCAGUCCUCCGAGGUCGUCUACCCCGUCUACAUCCUGGACAGAGCCUUCAUGACGUCCUCCAUGCACAUAGGAGCCCUGCGGUGGCAUUUCCUGCUGCAGUCCCUGGAGGAUUUGAGGAGCAGUCUGCGCCAGCUGGGCUCCUGCUUGCUGGUCAUUCAAGGAGAGUACAAAUCGGUUGUCAGAGACCACGUCCAGAAGUGGAACAUCACGCAGGUGACUCUGGGUGCGGAGAUGGAGCCCUUUUACAAGGAGAUGGAGGCCAACAUUCGGGGUCUGGGAGAAGAGCUGGGCUUCCAGGUGCUCUCGUUGAUGGGCCACAGCCUCUACAACACCCAGCGGAUUUUGGAGCUGAAUGGUGGGACUCCCCCACUGACAUACAAGAGGUUCCUUCGCAUCCUGUCCCUUCUCGGGGACCCGGAGGUGCCUGUCCGAAACCCCACAGCUGAGGACUUCCAGAGGUGCAGCCCCCCUGAGUUGGGCCUCGCUGAGUGCUACGGGGUCCCUUUGCCCACAGAUCUGAAGAUCCCCCCUGAGAGCAUCUCCCCAUGGAGAGGAGGGGAGAGCGAAGGGCUGCAGCGCCUGGAGCAGCACCUGGCAGACCAGGGCUGGGUGGCGAGUUUCACCAAACCAAAAACAGUCCCGAAUUCACUGCUUCCAAGCACCACCGGCCUGAGCCCCUAUUUCAGCACGGGCUGCCUGUCAGUCCGCAGCUUCUUUUAUAGGCUAUCAAACAUUUAUGCUCAGGCCAAACACCACUCCCUGCCCCCCGUGUCGCUCCAAGGGCAGCUGCUGUGGAGGGAAUUCUUCUACACGGUGGCAUCAGCAACACCAAACUUCACCAAGAUGGCCGGGAACCCCAUCUGCCUCCAGAUCCGUUGGUAUGAGGAUGCUGAGAGGCUCCACAAAUGGAAAACGGCUCAGACGGGGUUCCCAUGGAUUGAUGCAAUCAUGACCCAGCUGCGGCAGGAGGGCUGGAUCCACCACCUUGCCCGGCACGCUGCCGCCUGCUUCCUGACCCGCGGGGACCUUUGGAUCAGCUGGGAGGAGGGCAUGAAGGUGUUUGAAGAGCUGCUUUUAGAUGCUGACUACAGCAUCAACGCAGGGAACUGGAUGUGGCUGUCAGCCAGCGCCUUCUUCCACCACUACACACGGAUCUUCUGCCCGGUCCGUUUCGGGAGGCGCACGGACCCGGAGGGGCAAUACAUCCGGAAAUACUUACCUAUACUAAAGAACUUUCCCUCUAAGUACAUCUACGAGCCCUGGACGGCCUCUGAAGAGGAGCAGAAGCAAGCAGGAUGUAUCAUAGGUCGGGAUUACCCCUUCCCAAUGGUGGACCACAAGGAGGCCAGUGAUCACAACCUGCAGCUGAUGAAGCAGGCCCGAGAGGAGCAGCACAGAAUAGCCCAGCUCACCAGAGAUGAUGCAGAUGACCCAAUGGAAAUGAAGCUGAAGCGGGACCACUCUGAGGAAAGCUUAACAAAGACAAAAGCAGCCAGGAUGACAGAGCAAACCUAGAUCCCAUCGGGGAUUACCCUCUGGGAACUGAGGAAUGACAGAAGGGAGAGCAGAGGCCAAUCCGAGCAGGCGGAGCUGCGCUCCGUGCUUUGCCCCAUGUGUGAACCAACCACCAGCAAAAGCUUUGUACCUUCCAUGCAUUCAUUACUGCACUUCUUUUGAAUGAAUUUGUCUGUCUGUUGGUGGCUUAGUAGUCACUUAUUGCAGCUAUAGGUAAUGGACAUGUUUCUGUGUUGCUGUUAUUCAAGUCCACUCAAUGUUCAUGCAUCUUUGAAAAUAGUCUUAAUGAUAAAUGCCACUCUUUCCAACGUGACAAAUACAUGCCCAUUUAAGAAUGAA